AUGCACGACCAUCUAGCACUCGAACUCCCCUUAUCGGAUUCCUCAUCGGAAGAAGAAGCAUCUCCCCAGGAGGGUAAAGACGUCGAGGCCAAUGCCUCUCGGAAGGGGCCGUCUACCCCGACGUUGGAAGCCAUACGUCCAAUAGGAGAAGCAGAUCAAGGAGGACAUGAUCUCGAAAAGGCGGCAACAACUCGCUCAAACGGCCAUGGCCAACCUGUGGCGAGGACAGUAACAGCUCUAGACUGGACAGGACCAGAUGAUCCCGAAAACCCUCACAACUGGAGUUUACUGCUUCGGUCAUACCACGCAUUUCCACCGGCAUUAUUUGCAUUUGUGACAACAUUCGGCACAUCCGUCUAUACUCCUGCCAUUGCCGAGAUCAUCGAGGUCUUCAACAUCAGUAGGACCGUCGCAAUCUUGCCUCUAACCUUCUAUACCCUUGGCCUUGCCUUCGGACCGAUGAUCUCCGCGCCAAUCUCCGAGACGUUUGGGAGGCGGAUUGUAUAUCGUGUAACUCUUCCAGUCUCGAUGCUCUUCACUCUGGGAGCCGGUUUCUCACAAACUUUCGUUGCGUUUUGUGUCUGUCGGUUCUUUGCCGGCACUGCAGGGUCUGCUGUGUUGGCUGUUGGAGCAGGGACCAAUGCAGAUCUAUGGCCUCCGCAUAUCCGCGCUGUAGCUACGAGUCUCUUUAUUACCUGUCCAUUCCUAGGACCAUCCCUCGGCCCGAUUAUCGGUGGCUUUGUGGCUCAGUACAAAGACUGGCGCUGGACGCAAUGGACCACACUCUUUUUCGGAGUCGUCGCCUACACUCUCUCCAUACCAAUGAAGGAGACCUACAAAAAAUCCAUCCUCAGAACAAGGGCCAAGAAGUUGAACAUUCCUGGUCCGACACGGGGGCUCCCACCGGGGCUUGAAGGUGUGAAAUUCAUCCUUACAACGACCGUCCUCCAGCCAUUGCACAUGCUGCUGAUGGAACCGAUCGUCUCGCUCUUAUCCAUCUAUAAUGCGUUCGCGUUCGCAGUCCUGUUCAGCUUCUUCGCGGCCUUCCCGCUCAUUUUCCCCUUAGUGUACGGGUUCUCAAUCUCGCAGGUCGGCCUCUCGUUCCUCGGUAUUGGCGUGGGAGUUGUGUUUGGUUGCAUAACCUGCAUUAUAUUCGACCAGACCAUUUACCAGAAGUUACACGUGAAAUCGGUUGCGGAAGGAAGACAUACCGUGGCUCCAGAGCAUAGACUAUAUGCGGCCAUGAUAGGAAGCAUUGCCAUUCCGAUCGGGUUGUUCUGGUUGGGUUGGACAGCUCGGCCGGAAGUCCAUUGGAUAAGUCCCAUCCUCGCAUCCAUUCCGUUUGCCUGGGGUAAUGUGUCCAUAUUCAUUACAUCGGGUCUAUACCUCAUCGACAUCUACGGUCCCCUCAAUGGUGCUUCAGCCAUGGCAGCGAACGGCAUCCUUCGAUACAGUGCUGGUUCCGUGUUCCCGUUGUUCAUCGUACAAAUGUACACGAGUCUUGGUAUUGGUUGGGCCACCAGUUUGCUAGGGUUCAUUUCGGUGGCGAUGAUGCCAAUUCCUUGGAUAUUCUUCAAAUACGGAUCACGGAUCCGCGUGAGAUCUAAAUAUGAAAUUCAAAAGUUUGGAUGA